AUGGCCGCAAAGACUCUCCCCAACGGACUUACCAACAUCCAUCGGUUCAUUACAACUCAUGAUCAGUCCGGCAAGGCCGUUUUCUCGGAUGCGGUAGCUCCCGAAGCAAAAUGGGACGAGAUAGGGAAGACAUCUGGUUUCAACUUCUUCCUCGGGUACACGACAAGCAAUUUCCCCACUUCCAUGAAGCCGUCUGAUGAGAAGGACCAUAAGUCCGAACAUGAAGAUAUCGUGAGUUAUAAGCAGCACCUGGAAACCCCUCCAGGGUUGUGCGUUAGCAGUGGCACUGUGUGUCGAUUUGUCGACUUCGCCCCGGGCGCAACACCUAUGAUGCACCGGACAGCUUCACUUGAUUAUGGCGUUGUCUUGGACGGAACCGUUGAAUGUAUCUUGGACUCGGGAGAAGUAAGAACUAUGAACAAAGGGGACCUAUGUGUGCAGCGAGCUACAAACCACGCGUGGAAAAAUGUCACCGAAAAUGGGGGCUGGGCGAGGAUGAUGUUUGUGCUUGUUGGGGCAGAACCACCAGUCGUGGGGGGAAAUACAUUGGGAGAAGAGCUGGGGGCUGCGGCGGAUGGAAUUAAAAGCAGCGAUUGA